CCCGUGUCCUUUCCGGAUUGUGAGCGAUUGUGGGGCUGCUUUCGCUAUGGGGAGCAUCGGAGGCGGUCUCAUUCAUAUGUACAAAGGGUAUCGAAAUUCCCCCUCCGGUUAUAUGCGAAAAGUCGCGAGUGCCCUAUCCAACUGUCGCCAGCGUGCUCCUCUUCUGGGCGGCGCCUUCGCUAUCUGGGGCGGCACGUUCACCGCUGUCGAUUGUACCUUGGUGUUCGCUCGACAAAAGGAAGAUCCGUGGAAUUCUAUUACGAGUGGGGCAAUCACGGGUGCCGUUUUGGCUGUCCGGCAUGGUCCUGCUGCGAUGGUCGGUCAAGCAGUUGUUGGUGGUGUUAUCCUGGCAAUUAUCGAAGGUCUUGGGAUCAUGAUGAACCGUUUCGCACCCAUGUUAAUGCGUAUGUCAUUGUGA